GUGUUAUAUAUUAUCGAGGUGAAAUGGCAGCUGAGAUAAAACCAGCGCCCGGUGCUAAUAAUGACAAAUUCAGUACGAGCCGGAAGCCAAUACUUAUGUCCAAGUUGGAGGGAUGCAAUGACGAUGUCAAUGCUGCUAUUAUCAUACCGAAGGAGGAUGGUGUCAUCAGUGUUUGUGAUGACAGGACUGUCAGAGUAUGGCUGAAACGUGAUUCUGGCCAGUACUGGCCCAGUGUAUGCCAGUACAUGGCAGCUGGUGCCACAGCAAUGUAUUACCACGUAGAGACCAGAAGACUCCUAGUGGGUCUAGACAAUGGAUCAAUUGACGAAUUUUUGCUCGAGCAAGACUACAACAGAAUGACAGCCAUGAGAGAGUAUCUGGCACAUCAAGGACGAGUGACAGGAGUUGUUUUUUCGAGUGUCAAUGCCUGGAUCCUGAGUGUUAGUAGAGAUAAAUUAUUCCAGCUGCACUGUUCAGAGACUGGAAGACGACUGGGAUUUUUUGGAAGAGCAAAGUCAAGUUAUCUAGGAGACAGUUGGUUCACAGCUCUCCAAUUUGACGAGCAAUCUAAACACGCCUUCGUCGGGGAUUACGGUGGUGAGAUAACAAUGCUCAAAGUCGAUCCAAAUUCCAUAAGUCUUGUUGCCUGUCUGAGUGCUCACAGUGGAAGUAUCAGAACCCUAGCCUGGGACUCUGAGAAGCAAUUACUCUUCUCUGGUAGUUUCGAUCAAAAUAUCAUCGUCUGGGACAUCGGAGGACGUCAAGGAGUCGCCUACGAACUCCACGGACAUCGCAACAAAGUCACAGCCUUGUGCUUCGCCAGUAAUGAAAAAUUAUUGCUAUCUGGUGGUGAGGAUGGAGUUAUCGUGGGAUGGAGUAUGGCUGGCGCAAGAAAAGAGACUGCCACCUGGGAAGAAUCUGAUAUUUGCCAAUCGUGCUCAAGACCUUUCUUCUGGAACAUGAAAGCAAUGAUGGAUCAACGACAACUGGGACUGAGACAACACCACUGUAGAAAUUGUGGUAGAGCCCUGUGUGAUCGUUGCACCUCACAAAGAAUUCCUAUUCCUGCCAUGGGAUUUGAGUUUGAAGUCAGAGUCUGUGAUCCCUGCCACAUCCAACUGAAAGCUGCCAAUCAAACAUCAAUGGCAUCAUUUCACGAUGCUAAACACAGCAUCACAGCAAUGGACCUGGACGUAUCCCGAAGGAAAUUAUUAACAGUUGGCCAGGACCGAGUCAUCAAAAUCUGGGACAUAACAGCCCUUCUCCAGCAAUAAAAAUUCCACUGUCUUAUUAAAAUCGCUAAACAAGUACGACGGGCAAAGAUAUACCCCCGAUUGCAUAUUAUUUUGGCUUAAGUGUGUCGAAAUAGCUUCUCAUCGAAUCAAAUUAUCGAAAUUAAAUAAUUACCUAGCAUCGCUGAUUUAAUCAAGAAGAUAAAUUACUCUAUUUUUGCCAUAAAAUCCAACUACUCCCUCAUUAAUCUUGAAUAACAAUUUUUCAAUAACUGUAAAUAAUUGGGAAAAUACCUCGCGAGAGAAUUUGUACUUCAAUUCGGGACAGAUAUAUCCAUCGAGUUUUUCUUUUUGUAUUUCAUUGAAAGGGAGAUUGCUAUCCAUUUGAAUGUAAAAAUAUAGGAAUGGGCCGAAUUUAUUGUCUCACUCACGGAAAAAUAUUAUUUCAUCUUUUGAAAAAGAAGAAUUUAAAAAUCUGGGGAAUUUUACAAUAAUAUUAUUUCACGAGUUCUCCUCGCGUUUCUGUGAGUCUAAUUAUUAUUAUGAAUACCAAUAAAAUCACUGUUCCACCCUCA